AGUCGAGAGCGCUCAGCCAAGUCGGCGCAUGCGCAGUGACCCCACGUGUUCAUAAACAAAGUUUGAUGGAAAGAGGGGGGAUCCGUGUUAGGGAGUUGUGGUUUGUUAAGCUUGGAAAAACCUUCUAACAUUUCUUAACUCGGGUAGAUUGCUACAGAACUCAAAGCUUGUUAACAUGGGGACUGAAACUAACAAAGACGACCGUAACACGCCUGAGUAUUUAGCACAGUUACUAAAAGAUAAAAAACAAAUUCAAGCUCUGCCAAAUGUUUUCAUUCACACGGAGAAAAUUUUAGAUGAAGUUCAACUUUGUUGGUCGAAUAUUGGGUCCCCGUGGAAUGACAGCCAAAGAGUUGGAACAGUUUACAGGAUGCAAGAUCAUGGUCCGAGGAAAGGGAUCUAUGAGAGACAAAUCCAAGCCCGACGGAGAGGAUGAUCUGAAGAAAAGGCAACUUAUGGAGUUAGCUAUUAUUAACGGAACUUAUCGCGAUACAACGAAGCCAUCGGCAUCUCCGUCACAGAACCCCGUGCCUGGUCAGGCCCACCUCCAGCUAGGCGGGGUGCCAAUGUUCCUGCCCCCUGUCCCGGGCCACCAUGGGGUUCGAGCCUCGGGACAAAUGCCCGCCCUCGUGCCCGUUAGCGGGACGGGGCCCAUCCCCGAUGAACAUGCCCGUCUAUUUGCUCAACCCCUUGCCAUCCAGAUGCGAUCACCGGGCCCGGCUGGUGCGCCAAUCAUCCUCGCACCCCGCCUUCCCCCGCCGACAGUUGUGGCCACCAGCCAGCCCAGCAUGAAUGGAGCCCCGCCUCCUCUGGUGUCCCCGCCCGGAGAGGCACCUGGACUCAUGUACAACCCAUAUGCAGUCAGCGCGAUGGGAACGGUCACCUCCCAAAUGCCCUCCCACAUGGACCCCUACGGUCUGGGAGCAGCCACACCUUCCAUCUUUGAGUACCAGACAUCUCUGGACCAGACUCAAGCGGGUGCUGUGCAAAAGAUGCGACGUACUUUAGAUGGAGUGAGAGGUCACCCAUACACAAGGGUGUCUUUAUCCUAAUGUUUAUACCAGGUUAGUUGAUCUGUUUAGUUAGUGCCUUCUUUUCAUAUUGUUCCCCGUUCGUUCACUCGUGUGCAUGUCCUGCCAUUUCAUUAUUCUGACAUGCACACAUACGUGAAUCUGUUUCAUUGACCAUCCGAAUUUUUUCCUCAGAGUUCUGUUUGUCAUUGUUUUGUUUUGAGGGUAGUGAUCUCUUAUCGUGUGUAGUGUAGUAGGUCGGAUAUCUGUUGUCAGGUCCGUUGUGUAGUUCUGCUGCUGAGUGAGUUGUAUGUGCUUUGAGAUUCAUUGAGUUUUCAAGCUGCCAUAUAUCAAGCGGAAUUUGAUAUGACAAAAUUAGUGCACAGAAAAGGAGUUGAACAGUGCUAGCAAAAGAAAAUGUCAGUGGUUGUAAAAGAAAUUGGAAAUUAUCAGAAAAUAUUUUUGUUUAUACAUUCAACAGAACUGUGCAAGACCAUGGUCUUAGUUCAGAUUUUUGAUUCAGCACCUUGGGACCCGGAAUAUGACAGGGGGAAGUAGUGUUGAAGUUUUUUCCCUGUAAGACCGAUUGAUUUUGUGAAUGGAAUAUGGUAAAAAGGUAGGGCUACAAUUGCUGAAUGGGAGAAAGUGAAUAUAAUGGGAUUUGAUUUCUAAAUGCACUGUGCAUCCAUUUUAUAUUUAUAUUUUAUUGUUAAUAGAAAUCCGAAUUUCAUAUUGGCUCCUAUUUUGCUCAUACAUAAGAUAUUACAAGCAUCGAUAUAGUAUAUUCUAUUUAUUUUAUAGAUCACCGAAAGCAUUACAUUUAUUGCAUUAUAUCAUUUAAUAGUGAGAAUCUUCAGAUUUUUAUUUAGAAAAUUCUCUCCAAAUUGUUUUGUGAUGAUUGUCCAAUCAAAAUAAAAUAAAAUUGUGCAAUUGUUGUCAAUAUUAUAUAUAUACUGUUAGAGAAAUAAAGCAAUCGUUUAUUUUCAG